AUGGAGUUGUUCAUCUUUAUUGCUUUUCAGCUCCUUAUGGAGGUUCAGUCCUACAAAUCUCCUACUAUAAAAGUAUCUCCAGAUGUCAUAAGAGAGUCCAGCUCAGUGAAGAUCAGCUGUGAGACUCCAGCAGAUGUUAGAGUGAAUCAGUGUUAUUUCAUCACAAACAGAGAAGAGAAGAAUAUAAAAGUCAGGUCAUCAUGUGAGCUCGAGCUCACUGGUGCUGAAGUGCUCAGAUGGGCAGGUGUAAAAUCACCUGUAUCAAUCUACAUUAACUGUUACUACACAAUACAUGAACGAGGCAUCAAUAAACCAUCAUCUGAUUCUCCUCCCGCCACAGUAACGGUUCUAGAUCUUCCUCAGGCCAAGUUGAGAGCGUCUGCUUCAGUUAUUCUGGAAACAGACACAGUUGAGCUGAGCUGUGAGAAUACUGAAGAUCUGAAGAUGGAGAAGUGUUACUUCAGCAUAAAUGGAAGAGAAAGUAACUCAAAAGUGAGCUCAUCAUGUCAGCUCUCACUCACUGGAUCUCAGAUCAGUGUUUGGCCUGGAGGUCAGAGUUCAUCUGUGAGAAUAAGCUGCUUCUACACUGUGAAAUUGUCACAAGUUCAAAAACCAUCUGCUCACUCUGAUCCAGUGACAGUUACAGUCCAGAUUUCAACAUCAACCAUUAAACAUACGAGUACAGCCACGACAACCUCUUUAACUGUAAUGUCCACUUCUGAAACCACAACAUACAGUAAAACUUUAGACCUUCAUUCCGAGACAAACCUUCCAACCAACACAGAAAAGGAAACAAUCUCGAUACACUUUAUAUGUAAACAUGUUUCAACAUCAAUAUCCACUCAAACUCAAACUUCACAAUUGGACACUGUCAUUUCCACGUCUGAAACCCCAGUGUACCGCACAACAGUGGCUCAUACUAAAGGUCCACCCUCACUAACAUACAAAGAUCUAUGGUUUAUAGUGCUGGUUUUCAUUGGUGUUGCUGUCAUUUUGUCUGGACUCAUGGGACUCAUCUGUCUCUGCCGGUUUGCAAGUAAAAAGAGAAGAAAACAUCAAGGAAUUGGUAUGAGUUGUUCUGGACCUGCAGAGGCAUAUUCUCUGAUCACUUCUGUACCAGCCACAUCUCAGCCCAUAUAUGAAGAUGUUUUGGUCAGUAAACAACAGAAACAGGGAAAUCCGGAGGAAAAUGAGAAUGUUUAUCACCUGUACUCCACAAUCCCUGACAAACCAGUUCACUCCAACACAGGAGAUCAAGUCUACAGUUUGGUGAAGAUGCACUGAGGAAUCUCAAAUCUUAUUUCAUCAUGUACAGCCACCUUAAGUUGGCUGUAAGUGACC